GGUGUAUCCUCAACUAAUUAAAUCUUCGAUAAGCUUUGCAGGAUUUCGGCUCAACACAAUCAAUCAGUGAUCCUCAAAUUAAGAUAUUCAAAUAAUUGAAAGCUUCAUAGUUACAUCCACCGUAACCAUCAUGACCAAAGCCGAGAGCGAAGCAGAAAACAAGCAAGCUUCGGCCGAGGACGACGACGAGCCGGACGAGUGGGACAAGCGCAUAUUCAGCACUGGGUGUUCCGAAGAGAAUUGGAAGCUCACGGAAUGUCACUCGGACAAGAAGGACUGGAGGCAAUGUACAAAGGAGAUGGAGCGGUUUAAGGAGUGUUGGAAAGCACACAAAAACGACAAGAGGACCGAGACGAAAGACGCAUAAUAUCCUCGAUUCUCUCGGCUGGAUUGUAGUAUUUAUUGUUUUAAUGGAGUCAAAGACGGCUAGACCGUGUGUACCUGUGUUUUAUAUGACAUAUAAGCCUACCUACUUACCACUCACUUAGUUAGGUGCACUUAAUGCACAAUUGGAAGACACUCCACUCUACCGUCUGGCUAGUCAUCUCGACGCGACAGGGGUACAGGCUGUUUGUUGGUUUCAACACGCGAUUCUGUAGAAACGCAAAAAUUCAUG